AUGGCCUCUUGCAGCAGAAGCACACACCCUGUGCCACCGCACUACUCUUUCGGGCUUUGGCUUACGAGCAUUCUUUUGUUCACGGAGGCAACAACGCCGACGACGAAGGGGUGCGUAGAGGGCGAGAGGGACGCCCUCCUCGACUUCAAAACCGGCAUCGUCAAGGAUCCUUCCAGCCGUUUGUCAUCAUGGCGAGGCCGAGUAGACUGCUGCAGAUGGAGCGGGGUGGUCUGUGACAACAGAACCGGCCAUGUCGUGGAGCUCAACCUCCAUAAUUCAGACCCUAAUUACAGUGAGACGUCUAUCGGAGGUGAGAUCAGACCAUCCUUGCUCCUGCUAACUCAUUUGGAGCGUCUCAACCUCAGCCACAAUGACUUCGGUGGGAUCCAAAUCCCGAAAUUUUUGGGUUCCCUUACCAAGUUGACGUAUCUCGACCUCUCCUGGUCCAACUUCGGCGGAGCCAUUCCGCCCCAGCUGGGCAACCUGUCCAGCCUCCGCUCGCUCGGUCUCCAUUCGUAUGGCUUAUCGAGCGAUCGCCUGCACUGGCUCUCGCGUCUCUCUUCCUUGAGAUACCUCGACAUGAGCGGUGUGAACCUUUCCAUAGCCUCCCACGAUUGGCUUCACUCAAUGAACAUGUUGUCCUCACUGGAGGAGCUACAUUUACCAUACUGUUGCCUCACCGACCUCCCCUCUUCUCUUUCCCAUGUCAACCUCACAGCACUGGCCACUCUCGAUCUCCGUGGCAACCACUUCAACUCCACCUUCCCCGACUGGCUAUGGAAACUCCACAACCUCUCUUAUCUUGAUCUCAGUUUUUCUAUGUUUCAUGGUGCCAUAUCUGCUGGGAUUGGAAAUUUGACUGGUCUAAGAGAACUUCAUCUGAGUGAUAAUUCACUUUCAGGUCCCGUGCCCAUUGAGAUUGGAAUUUGUAAUAGUCUAAAACUUAUCGAUCUGAGUGAUAAUUCACUCUUCGGAGUCAUACCUGCUGGGAUUGGGAAUUUGACUAUUCUAGGAGUGCUUUAUCUUAACGAUAAUUCACUCUUCGGAGUCAUACCUGCUGGGAUUGGGAAAUUGACUAGUCUAAGAGUGCUUUAUCUUGAUCAUAAUUCACUCUUCGGAGUCAUACCUGCUGGGAUUGGGAAAUUGACUAGUCUAAGAGAGCUUUAUCUUGAUCAUAAUUCACUCUUCGGAGUCAUACCUGCUGGGAUUGGGAAUUUGACUAGUCUAGGAGUGCUUUAUCUUAAUGAUAAUUCACUCUUUGGACCCAUACCUGUUGGGAUUGGGAAUUUGACUAGUCUAAGAGUGCUUUAUCUUGAUCAUAAUUCACUCUUCGGAGUCAUACCUGCUGGGAUUGGGAAAUUGACUAGUCUAAGAGAGCUUUAUCUUGAUCAUAAUUCACUCUUCGGAGUCAUACCUGCUGGGAUUGGGAAUUUGACUAGUCUAGGAGUGCUUUAUCUUAAUGAUAAUUCACUCUUUGGACCCAUACCUGUUGGGAUUGGGAAUUUGACUAGUCUAAGAGUGCUUUAUCUUGAUCAUAAUUCACUCUUCGGAGUCAUACCUGCUGGGAUUGGGAAAUUGACUAGUCUAAGAGAGCUUUAUCUUGAUCAUAAUUCACUCUUCGGAGUCAUACCUGCUGGGAUUGGGAAUUUGACAAUUCUAGGAGUGCUUUAUCUUAACGAUAAUUCACUUUCAGGUCCCAUACCUGUUGAGAUUGGGAAUUUGACUGGUCUAGGAGAGCUUUAUCUUAACGAAAAUUCACUUUCAGGUCCCGCACCCAUUGAGAUCGGCAAGCUUUCCAACCUCACUAUUCUUUCUCUGUCUAGUAAUUCCCUGGAGGGUACCAUGUCUGAACUCCAUUUCGCUAACUUAACCAAACUUAGUGAGCUUGAUCUAUCCGAAAACUCCCUAGUCAUCUCAAUAGACCACAAUUGGGUUCCUCCUUUUCAACUCCGAUCCAUUAAACUGAGUUCUUGUAAGUUGGGUCCUACAUUUCCAAGAUGGCUCCGUUCACAAAACUCCAUUAAGGAUUUGGAUAUGUCGAACACAAGCAUCGAGGAUGCCUUGCCUGAUUGGUUUUGGAACACUUCUUCUUCUUCUUCUUCUUCUAUAAAUCUCUCCCAAAAUCAGAUUAGCGGCACUUUGCCUGAUUUGAUCUUUUCAUCCAUUCUUUACCUUGUCAACAUUAUAGAUCUUUCAAAUAAUAAUUUGACAGGAGAAAUCCCAAUUGAAAUUGGGUCUCUUUCAAUGCUCCAAACUUUAAAUCUAUCCAGAAACAAUUUUGUCGGCCAAAUUCCGGCGGCAAUUAGUGCCAUGAAAUCAUUGGAAACUCUGGAUCUGUCAUUCAAUAAGUUAUCCGGAGUCAUUCCUCAAAGCUUUUCGGCGCUGAAUUCUCUGAACCACUUGAAUCUGUCUUACAACAAUCUAUCGGGAGCGAUUCCAUCGGGGAAUCAACUUCGGACGCUGGAGGAUGCAUCCAUUUAUAUCGGAAAUGUCCAUCUCUGUGGACCUCCGGUGACCAAGAGUUGCUCCGACGAUCCCAACGUCGAUUCGACGGAAGAGGAGUACGAACAAGGAUCUCAUGUGCUGUCGUUUUACUUCGGUACCGGGCUCGGAUAUUUGGUCGGCUUAUGGAGUGUGUUCGUGAUCAUGCUGUUCAAGAAAGAUUGGAGGCUCUUCUAUUUUGCAACGGUGGACAAGAUGUACGACAGAACUUAUGUGGCAAUCAAGAUAAGAAUGCGAAAUUGGCAUGACGCAGCUGGUCGAACGUGA